AUUGCUGUUCUAUAUUCUAUGGAAUAGCUGCCUUAGCUGGUUAGCUAUGCGUCACGUACCUUUCUAGUUAACCUAAAAGUUGGUAUUUAUGGUGCAAAAUGUUGGACGGAGGUGUUUGAGGCUGAACUAGGAGCAAAGUGCGUGGUGACUUAAUUAUGUAAAAUUACCCAAAAUGACUACAAAAGUGGAUAAACCCACCAGUCCUACUAAAAACCACGCGAAAAACACCAGCCCGAAGCAAGACUCGGGCUGUGGCUACAAAGAAGAGUGUUUCGAGUUCGAGCCUCCACCGGAGGCUCCCGUUUUCCACCCAACCGAGGAGGAAUUCAACGAUCCGCUCGAGUACAUCAACAAGAUCAGGAAGUAUGCUGAGGGAUCGGGCAUUUGCAAGAUCAAACCGCCUCCAAAUUGGCAACCGCCCUUUGCCGUUGACGUUGACAAACUUAGAUUUACGCCACGAAUUCAGAGACUUAACGAAUUAGAGGCUAAAACUCGCGUCAAAUUAAACUUCCUCGACCAAAUCGCCAAAUUCUGGGAACUGCAAGGUUCCACACUGAAAAUCCCAAUGGUAGAAAAACGCUGUAUUGACCUGUACACGUUGCACAGCAUUGUUCAAAGUCAAGGUGGUUUUGACCAAGUAACCAAAGACAGAAAGUGGUCGAAAAUUUCGGUCUCUAUGGGGUACCCAUCUGGUAAGAGCAUAGGGACCAUUCUAAAAACGCACUAUGAGAGGUUGCUUUACCCGUUUGAUCUUUUCAAACAAGGCAAAACUUUGAAUUUUAAAAUGACAUCACCCUUAAAUGAGGAAAGCGAGAAGGCUGAUAAAGACUAUAAACCGCACGGGAUUGUGGGGCGAAUGGCGAUCAAACCACCACCUGAGAAACACGCUCGCCGAUCUAAACGAUUUGAUGCCGACCCGAGAGUCGAAGACGAUGUCAAAGAAGAUUGCAAAGACGACAAUAAAGAACUGAAACGUUUGCAAUUCUACGGCGCCGGCCCAAAAAUAGCCAUUAGCAAGGACAAAGACGAUGACAAAAGAAACAACAAAACUGUCAACUACGACUUUGAUCCUUUGGCAAAGUACGUCUGCCACAAUUGCAACCGCGGCGAUUCUGAAGAGUACAUGCUGCUGUGUGACGGCUGCGACGACAGCUACCACACCUUUUGCCUGAUGCCACCCUUGAACGAGAUCCCGAAAGGGGACUGGCGGUGCCCGAAAUGUGUGGCCGAGGAGGUGUCCAAGCCAAUGGAAGCCUUCGGCUUCGAGCAAGCUCAAAGAGAGUACACUUUGCAGCAAUUCGGCGAUAUGGCCGACCAGUUUAAAUCCGAGUAUUUCAACAUGCCGGUUCACAUGGUGCCCACAAACGUCGUGGAGAAGGAAUUCUGGCGCAUUGUCUCGUCAAUUGACGAAGACGUGACGGUCGAGUACGGCGCCGAUCUGCACACUAUGGACCACGGCUCGGGCUUUCCCACCAAAACGUCCCUGAACCUCCUGCCUGGGGAUAAGGAGUACGCCGAUUCCGGCUGGAAUUUGAACAACCUCCCGGUUUUGGAGAACUCGGUUUUGGGGUACAUUAACGCGGAUAUUUCCGGGAUGAAGGUCCCGUGGAUGUACGUCGGGAUGUGUUUCGCGACGUUCUGUUGGCACAACGAGGACCAUUGGAGCUACUCCAUCAAUUACCUCCAUUGGGGCGAAGCCAAAACUUGGUACGGAGUUCCUGGGAAAAUGGCCGAGGCCUUCGAAGAGACGAUGAAAUCGGCCGCUCCCGAGCUGUUCCAGUCACAGCCCGACUUGCUGCACCAGUUGGUCACAAUCAUGAACCCUAAUAUUUUGAUGAAGGCUGGAGUUCCUGUGUUUCGGACGGAUCAACACGCGGGGGAAUUUGUCGUUACUUUCCCGCGGGCGUAUCAUGCCGGGUUUAAUCAGGGGUAUAAUUUUGCCGAGGCUGUCAAUUUCGCACCAGCUGAUUGGCUGAGGAUGGGCCGGGAGUGCAUCUUGCACUAUUCGAACUUGCGCCGUUUUUGCGUUUUCUCCCACGAUGAGUUAGUGUGUAAAAUGGCUCUGGACCCGGAUAAGUUAGGUCUGACGAUUGCCGCAGCUACAUAUCAAGACAUGCUACAAAUGGUCGAAACCGAGAAAACUUUGCGAAAGACGCUGCUUGAUGCGGGAGUGUCUAAUGCCGAGCGCGAGGCUUUUGAGUUGCUUCCUGAUGACGAAAGGCAAUGCGAUCAUUGCAAAACGACAUGCUUCCUAUCUGCGGUAACAUGCAAGUGUUCACCGGACAUUCUCGUUUGUCUUCGUCAUUACAAAAAUUUGUGUAAUUGCAACCCGGAGAAUUACACGUUACGGUAUCGCUACACUUUAGAUGAAUUGCCGGUGAUGCUCAAGUCCCUAAAACUGAAGGCGGAGUCGUUCGACCAUUGGGUCAAUCGCGUGAAGGAUGCUUUAGAUCCGAAAACUCCCAAAACACUGACGUUACAAGAGUUGAAAGCUCUACUCAACGAAGCAGACGGGAAGAAAUUCCCGAAGUGUGAUUUGCUUCAAACUCUAACCGACGCGGUCGAAGAUGCCGAGAAAUGUGCAAGAGUUAUCCAACAGCUAGAUCUAAAUAAAAUGCGAACAAGAACUCGAAACUCAUCUGACACGAAAUACAAACUGACGCUUAAAGAACUGAUUCUUUUCCACGAAGAAUUGGAUAGUCUAGUGUGUGUUUUAGAAGAAGCUAAAAGUAUUAAAGACUUACUAGAAGAAACGAAGAAGUUCGAAACAACUAGCAAGGCUUUACUCGAAAUGAAACUGAGUGAAUGUUCACUCUCCGACUUAGAGCAAUGUAUUAGUCAAGGAAAUAAUCUGUGUAUAGAACUUCCGAAUUUACGUAGUGUUAAAAUGAGAUUACGUCAGUGUGUUUGGCUGAACGACGUACUGUCCUACAAGAAGAAAACCGAAGUUCUUGGACUUGAGUCAAUUAAAAAUAUUAUUAAAACCGGUACUCAGCUACCACCAAAUCCUGAAAUUGAAGUCGAAUUGAGCGAACUACAAGCCCUCCUGUCCAAAAGCGAAGAAUGGGAGGAAAAAGCACAAGCAAUUCUCAAAGAUACCGGAAGCGAAGUACUUAUCGAAGUCGAUAAAUUGCUAAAAGAAGCUGGACAAAUCAAUUCGUAUCUUCCAUCUGAAGAGUUCCUUUUUGAAGCCAUGGACAAGUCUCGAGACUGGUUGCGUCAGCUAGAAGAAAUGAAUUCGGCUGAGUGUUACCCCUAUUUCAACGACAUGGAGGAGUUGAUUAAAAGGGGACACCAGUUGGCGCUCCAUUUGGUUGAAGUCAGCAAAUUGGAGUCGUUUUUGGAGACCGCGAACGCAUGGAAGGAGAAAACAAGUCGGGCGUUCCUUCGCAAAAACUCGUCCUGUACCCUAAUGGAAGCCCUGUCGCCUCGAAUACAAUUCAACAGCAAUUCGAAAUGCCGCAAGAAGAAUCAAGAGGACGAGCAUGGCAUUUUCAACCUGACCAGUGACAUGGACCCUGCUACCGUUGUAGCACUUUUCAAGGAUGCCGAACAAAAUGAAAUGGAGUUGAUACGAGCAGUGCGCGCUGCAAACUUGGAGAAAAGCAUGGACCCGAACGAUUGUGCCUCGUUUUGCGUCUGCGGGCGCAGCCUUUUCGGCUUGAUGAUGCAGUGUGAGCUGUGCAAAGAUUGGUUCCAUUCAAACUGCGUCCCUCUUCCCAAAGUCGCGUCUUCAAAGUACAAAGGCAACUUUACGAGUGUUGCACUACAUUUGGGAUUCAAAGACUGUAAAUUCCUCUGUCCUAACUGCUACCGGACCAAGCGUCCACGUCUAGACGCGAUCCUCCUGCUCUUGAUGUCCUUGCAGAAGCUCUUUGUCAGGGUGCCGGAAGGCGAGGCUUUGCAGAGUUUGACUGAACGCGCUAUGAACUGGCAAGACCGUGCCCGCCAACUCAUCCAACAACCGGAACUGGAAGCAGCUAAAAACAAACUCGCUUCGUUCAGUCAGAAGUAUUCGGAAGCAGCAGCGAGGCAAAGAACUGAGAAGAUCAUUUCGAGCGAGCUAAAGCGCGCAUAUAAGAACCCCGAUUUGUUACAAAGAGUGCAAGAGAUAGCACCCUUCAGUGGAGUCACCCCGGAUGAUAAGUCGGAUGAUACGAACAUCACCGAUUCGUCAGACGACUCCAAGGGUUACGGUUCGGCGGAUGACCGAAUGGGAGAACACGCUUACUCCCUCCAUUUCCCGAAAUUUGACUCGGGAGAAUAUAAGUUGCAAAUCGCUUCAGAUAUCAGGAAGCAGAUUGAGGAGUUGUUGAUGGAAGGGGAUUUGCUUGAGGUUUAUCUCGAUGAAACUUUCCAACUCUGGAAGUUGCUCCAAGCGUCGCGGGAUCCGGAGAAAGAGGCUAUUUUGAUCGAUUUUGAUAUGAAUUCGAAGACUGCGCCGUCGAAGCGCGGCCGCAAGCGUCGUUCGGACGAGGUCGAAAUGAUGAAGAAGUCCAAACUGGUGAAAGACGAAAACAAGAAGUCCAAACCGAAAACCAAAGAAACGCAAGGGAAGAAAGAGGGCACAAGACGCAAGGGCCGCCGGCGCCAGUCCACCGGCUCGGAGGACGAGGACGAGGACAGUUGCGCUGCACCGGGCUGUCUGAAGCCGUCGGGAGAGAACGUCGACUGGGUUCAGUGCGACGGUGGGUGCGAUAAGUGGUUUCACAUGGCCUGUGUCGGGUUGUCAGCGCAGGAUAUUUGCGAAGAUGAGGAUUACAUUUGUAUGACCUGCUCACAAAAUGCUUACGGAACACUCAAUGCCGUCGAUAGUUUCUCGUCUAUCAGUUCUGAUUGUUCCACUUUAUCCCAGCCUUCCACUUCGAAAGACUCUGUUCAGUGCAAAUUUUAGUCAUAAUUGUCCCGCGAGGACUGAUACAAGUAUUUUAGUAUAGAUAAUGUAUACAAUGUUCAGUUGUGAUAAUUUACGAUAAGAAAUGUAAAAAUAUUUUCAUGUAUCAUUUUCAUUUUUACACCUUUUAUUAUACUUUCUUUAUGGUUUCGUUGUUAAGUCUACGUAGUUAAUGUCCUGUAUUUACACGUUAAUUUACCCACAGUUCAUAAUGUUCGUUUUUCACAUUUUUUUUAUAAAUGAACUGCGGCUAAAUUAUUUACAAGAAACUUUAUUUAUUUUUAUUCUGAUUAUGCACCGAGUCUGCGCUUUAGAGAUUAUGUAUAUUUUUAUAAUUUUUCUUUUAUCAUAAACUGAGUAGGUACUAAGUAUUAAUAUUUAACUUUAUUGCCCUUGCAAUUUUUUUUGUCAAUAAAUACUUUUGGAUACUA